AUGGCUCUAAAAGGACAAGAAGAUUAUAUUUAUAUUUUCAAGGAUUCGACACAUCCAGUGGAUUUUCUGGAUGCAUUCAGAACAUUUUACUUGGAUGGAUUAUUUACUGAUAUUACCCUUCAGUGUCCUUCAGGCAUAAUCUUCCAUUGUCACCGAGCUGUUUUAGCUGCUUGCAGCAAUUAUUUUAAGGCAAUGUUCACAGCUGACAUGAAAGAAAAAUUUAAAGAUAAAAUAAAACUCUCUGGCAUCCACCAUGAUAUUCUGGAAGGCCUUGUAAAUUAUGCAUACACCUCCCAAAUUGAAAUAACUAAAAGAAAUGUUCAAAGCCUGCUUGAGGCAGCAGAUCUGCUACAGUUCCUUUCAGUAAAGAAGGCUUGUGAGCAGUUUUUGGUAAGACACUUGGAUAUUGAUAAUUGUAUUGGAAUGCACUCCUUUGCAGAAUUUCAUGUGUGUCCAGAAUUAGAGAAGGAAUCUCGAAGAAUUUUGUGUUCAAGGUUUAAGGAAGUAUGGCAACAAGAAGAAUUUCUGGAAAUCAGCCUGGAAAAGUUUCUCUUUAUCUUGUCCAGAAAGAAUCUCAGUGUUUGGAAAGAAGAAGCUAUCAUAGAGCCAGUUAUUAAGUGGACUGCUCAUGAUAUAGAAAAUCGAAUUGAAUGCCUAUAUAAUCUACUAAGCUAUAUCAACAUAGAUAUAGAUCCAGUGUAUUUAAAAACAGCUUUAGGCCUUCAAAGAAGCUGCCUACUAACUGAAAAUAAGAUACGCUCUCUAAUAUACAAUGCCUUGAAUCCCAUGCAUAAAGAGAUUUCCCAGAGGUCCACAGCUACAAUGUAUAUCAUUGGAGGGUAUUACUGGCAUCCUUUAUCAGAGGUUCACAUAUGGGAUCCUUUGACAAAUGUUUGGAUUCAGGGUGCAGAAAUACCAGAUUAUACCAGGGAGAGCUACGGUGUUACAUGUUUAGGACCCAACAUCUAUGUAACUGGGGGCUACAGGACAGAUAACAUAGAAGCUCUUGACACAGUGUGGAUCUAUAACAGUGAAAGUGAUGAAUGGACAGAAGGUUUGCCAAUGCUCAGUGCCAGGUAUUACCACUGUGCAGUCACAUUGGGUGGCUGUGUCUAUGCUUUAGGUGGUUACAGAAAAGGGGCUCCAGCAGAAGAGGCUGAAUUCUAUGAUCCAUUAAAAGAGAAAUGGAUUCCUAUUGCAAACAUGAUUAAAGGUGUGGGAAAUGCUACUGCUUGUGUCUUACAUGAAAUUAUCUAUGUCAUUGGUGGCCACUGCGGCUACAGAGGAAGCUGCACCUAUGACAAGGUCCAGAGCUACAAUUCAGAUAUCAACGAAUGGAGCCUUAUCACCUCCAGUCCACAUCCAGAAUAUGGAUUGUGCUCAGUUCCAUUUGAAAAUAAGCUCUAUCUAGUCGGUGGACAAACUACAAUCACAGAAUGCUAUGACCCUGAACAAAAUGAAUGGAGAGAGAUAGCUCCCAUGAUGGAAAGGAGGAUGGAGUGCGGUGCUGUCAUCAUGAAUGGAUGUAUUUAUGUCACUGGAGGAUACUCCUAUUCCAAGGGAACAUAUCUUCAGAGCAUUGAGAAAUACGAUCCAGACCUUAAUAAGUGGGAAAUAGUGGGCAAUCUCCCAAGUGCCAUGCGGUCUCACGGAUGUGUUUGUGUGUAUAAUGUCUGAUUGAAUCUGCAGAAAUGACCAGGUAAUCACUGUUUCGGAGUAUAGUGAGAAAAAAAUGGAAUGUAGGGUUUGGAGUUCCUUACU